AUGGAUGACGAAAGUGCUAAUAAUCAAGUACAUACUAACAAGUUAACUCAAUUACUUUUACUCGAUGAUAUUAAAAAUGAAAAGUUAUUUGAGACUAGUGAUGAUGAUCAAAAUCUAUGCCAUACGUGUACUGCUUGUAAAAUAGCUAUAACAGAUCAGUUUUAUUUACGUGUUGGUUCAAAAAUUUAUCAUGAAUCAUGUUUACAAUGUGCCGUUUGUCAAAUAUCUCUUGAUAAACAACAAACAUGUUUUCUAAAAGGAUUUCAAAUUUUAUGUCGACAAGAUUAUUAUAAACAUUUUGGUAAUAAAUGUUCGAAAUGUAGUCGACAUAUUCAACCAAGUGAUUGGGUUCGUCGAGCACGUGAACAUGUUUUUCAUUUAGCUUGUUUUGCAUGUAAUACAUGUAAACGACAAUUAUCAACAGGUGAAGAAUUUGCUAUGCAAAGUAGUCAUGUUUUAUGUAAAACACAUUUUAUUGAUCCAAAUGAAAUAAAUGAUGGAAAAGAUGAUACGAAACAAGGUAAAGCUAAACGAGUUCGAACAACAUUUACCGAAGAACAAUUACAAAUUUUACAAGCAAAUUUUGAAGUUGAUUCUAAUCCAGAUGGACAAGAUCUUGAACGUAUCGCUCAAAUAACAGGAUUAAGUAAACGGGUGAUUCAAGUAUGGUUUCAAAAUACUCGAGCUCGACAGAAGAAGGUACGCGAUCGAAAACCUCAGCACGAACAUCAUCUUCAUUCUCAUUCGCAUCAUUGUUAUAUAUCACAAGAUACAAAUCAUCGAAGACGAAAUACACGUAGCAGUAGCAGCAGUUCAAAUUCCAACAAAAGUGGUGAUACCUUAACAAAACGAACAACUCAGAUAUGGUUUCAAAAUGCUCGUGCACGAAUGAAAAAGAAACCAUGUGCAACAACAAGUUCACCGCCUACAUAUGCAGCAUUAACAAAUAAUAAUCUUAAUCUUGUUGAUGCACUUCAUUUAUCAUCAGAACAACAAAUGGAUACGAAAAUGAAUCAACAUAUGAAUCAUUUACAAUGGUCCCCAUCACAAACGUCACCGGCAUCAUCAUUAAUCUAUGAUGGUGAAAAUAGCAAUGAAGAAUAUUCUACUGGAUACAUCUAG